UUGUGGCUCGUGCCCAGCGCCGCCGCCGCGCCCUCCUACCCGCGCUCGGCCCUGGACGACGAGCCGCAGACACCGGUCAACGAGAUCGGCGCCCUGAUGUACCUGCAGAAGUACGGCUACGUGCCGCCUGGCAGGAGCGGCAGCGCGGGCGCCAUCUACUCGGAGGACAACCUGCGCUCCGCCGUGCGGGAGUUCCAGGCCUUCGCGGGCCUCAACCUCACCGGCGAGCUGGACAACGAGACCGUGUCGCUGAUGCAGACGCCCCGGUGCGGAGUCAAGGACGUAGUGGGCCAGGGAGGCGGCCGAAGCAAGCGCUACGCUCUGCAGGGUAGCCGCUGGCGCACCAAGCAGCUGACGUACCGCAUCUCCAAGUACCCGUCGGGGCUGGCGCGCGACGCCGUGGACGAGGAGAUCCGGCGCGCCUUCGCCGUGUGGAGCGACCACACCGACCUGUCGUUCGCGGCCAAGCCCAGCGGCUCCAACGUGCACAUCGACAUCCGCUUCGAGCGCGGCGAGCACGGCGACGGCGACCCGUUCGACGGCCGCGGCGGCACCCUCGCCCACGCCUACUUCCCGGUGUACGGCGGCGACGCGCACUUCGACGACGACGAGCACUGGACCAUCGCCAUGUACAGGGGCACCAACCUCUUCCAGGUGGCGGCGCACGAGUUCGGCCACUCGCUCGGCCUGUCGCACUCCGACGUCAAGGCCGCGCUCAUGGCGCCCUUCUACAGGGGGUACGAGCCCGCCUUCACCCUGCACCCCGACGACAUCGACGGCAUCCAGGCGCUGUACGGCAAGAAGACGCGCGGGGGCGGCGGCGGAGAGCUCACCAGCACCAGCACCCCGCGCCCGGCC